AAUCAACCCAAUACGAGACGCAAGAUGCCAACCGAUUUACCAUACGCAGCAGAAGCGGAGACUUCUUUGUCGUAUGACGAGCUGGAGGUACUGAGGAGACAAUAUUACAAAGAGAUUGAACAAGGGCACGUUACCACUCAGUCAAAAUUCAAUUAUGGAUGGGGAUUGGUCAAAUCACCAAGUGCGGAGAUGCAAACUGAAGGUGUCAAAUUAUUACAGGAAAUUUACUCCGCCUCUCCUUCUCAUAGAAGAGAAUGUACAUAUUACAUAGCUGUGGGAUACUACAAACUCCGGAAUUACACUCAUGCUAGGAAAUUUAAUGAUCUGUUAUUAUCUGUCGAACCGGAGAACAUGCAGGCUCAGUCAUUACGGACGUUGAUCGAGCGUGCAGUGACUAGGGAUGCUUAUAUCGGGGUUGGUAUCCUCGCAGGAGCUGCUGCAGUCGCAGGAGUCGUAGUGGCCAGCGUAUGGAGAAGGGCUGGACGGAAGUGAUCCUUGUCAAGCAAGAUCGCCAUACGUAUGAUCAGUCACAGAUCCCCCUGCUCAUCUAUUACUUGUUCUGUUUUCGACGUUUCACGAUCAGCGAUCAAUUUUGUAUGAAUCAUCACAUGCAUUGCGUUCAGUAUACAUUC